UGGGCAACGAGGUAUUACCUUAUAUGGAAGAAUGUAGGCUGUAUAGCUGAAUUCGUGGGAAAUGAUGGUCUACUCUAUGGAGUAGGCUAUAGAUCUAUAAUAUAAAUAACUGUUAGAAAUUAGACAUUCAUAUGACCCAAAUACGCUACAUAUGAUAAAAACGACACAUAAAAACAAUUAACUGUAUAUAUAUAUAGUCGAACUCAUUAGUUUACAUUGUGUAGGCAUCCCCGAGGUGAGGGUGUAAUGGUAUGUUCUCAGCGUUCGUGUUCACGGAAGUUCCGACAGCUUCUGCUGUACUUCCGCCUUCGGAUUUAUCAGUGAACACAGAGCGAUGACUGCGACGCUGCGUCCGUACUUGAAUGCGGUGCGUGCUACACUUCAGGCCGCCCUAUGCUUAGAGAAUUUCUCCUCUCAGGUAGUUGAACGCCACAACAAACCUGAAGUCGAGGUUCGGAGCAGCAAAGAGUUGCUGUUGCAGCCAGUCGUCAUCAGCAGAAAUGACAAAGAAAAGGUUCUGAUAGAGGGCUCCAUUAACUCCGUGCGUGUCAGCAUCGCUGUUAAACAGGCUGAUGAGAUCGAGAAGAUCCUCUGCCACAAGUUCAUGCGCUUCAUGAUGAUGAGAGCAGAAAAUUUCUUCAUCCUGCGGAGGAAGCCUGUGGAGGGCUACGACAUUAGCUUUCUCAUCACAAACUUCCACACGGAGCAGAUGUACAAACACAAACUGGUGGAUUUUGUCAUCAACUUCAUGGAGGAGAUUGACAAGGAGAUCAGUGAGAUGAAGCUGUCAGUCAACGCCCGCGCUCGCAUCGUCGCCGAGGAAUUCCUCAAGAACUUCUGAGAAAAGCAAGAGUGUCUGCAGUCCGCGCAAUGGCCAUCUGACGCCCAUCACGGUGGUUACUGAGGGAGAUACUAGGUGCCUCUGAGACAGCAAAGCUACUCUACAAACAACAGACUUGCCAACGAAGGAGCAGGAGAUCGACUCAAAACCUGUUUCAGCAGCAUCAGCGUGAAGAUCCACUGCUGUCCAGUAGCAAAUAAGAGCCAUAAUGUAUACCUUAGUCCCACAGUUCUCUCUCUUCUCUCUACUGUCUCCAGCUCAAGGCUUGUCUGUCAAACCAGUCCAGCACUGUGAUAUAGGUCAGUGUAUUACAGCUUUUACGAACCGUAAUCAUAUGUAACAGAAUGUCAUUCACCCAAAUUAUUGUGAUUCCCUCUCUUCCCACCCAUUUAGGGGUCUGUUGUUACUCAUGAGAUAAGGUACACAUAAGACCAAGUUUGUUUUAGUCCUUCACAGACUUUUUUUCUUUUUUAUAUCAAAGAUAAUAUAUGCAUGUGUACAACGUUCCUUAGUUUAUUUUGUUAUGAUAAUAUGGCACCAUAUCAGGUAUGGAGAUCUAUGGGUAAAAAAUGUCGAGUGUGUGUGUGUGUGUUUGCUUGUGUGUGUGUGUGUGUGAGAGAGAGAGAGAGAUUAAUGCUGAGGUGUAAUGCCUUAGGCCUCUGCACUUUUGGUGCACUCACAUAACGACUGGAUAUUCCAAAAUUCUGAAUCUCUCCUGUUGACCAGUGAAAUCCAGCAUCAGAGCUGUUUGGUCCGAGAGUAAAACUUUGAAUACAAAUGCUAACAUAUUAACACCCCCAUGCUUACUAAUGUAAUGAAUUUUUCAUCGUUUUCUACUUUAUGCAAUAAACGUUUAUGCACAGUAA